CUCUCUAUCUCUCCGGCCAUCGGUUCCGUCGGGUUGGGGCACCGCGUGCUGCUGCUGGUUUUGUUUUGAGGGAGAUGCGGAGAUGAUUGCUUUGAGUUCUCACCUUAGAUCGAGCGACUUCUCACCCUGCAAGGAUCCUCACUCCGGGAUACAAUUUUCUUAUGUGGCGAACUGAACAUUGUUCAUGGCCGUGUAGACUGUAGUAAACUCGUUCUUGUUGAAGAAUCAAGGAUCCAAGUUCCCUUUGAUUUUUGAAAUAGGAACUUCAAUCCACAUAGUGCACAAAGUGUUCGGUUUGUUUUGCUAAUGUGGCAUAGAGAUAGGAAACUUUCGUUUUUGUUUAUUUUUGAGUUACAAUUUACCUUAGGCCAUACUUCACAAGUUGCAACCAUUAUCAUGUGGUGUUUAUUUAGGUCUUAGAGGAUCCGAGAUGCCCUCCAAAGCUCCAACCUGGUACUUAUAAGCCAAUUGUACUUAUUUCACCUCUUUGUUUCUUAAUUUAACCAAUCACCCUUUGUUUGGCGUCUCCACCAAACAAAAUGUUAGUUUCUUUGGAACCAUGAUAAGUCAUCUGAAUCAAUUUUCCAUGUUUCGGUUUGAGAGGGUCUCUUCUGUCAUGCCAUGUCAUGAUGGUUUAGCAGGACGGCUGCAUCUGGUUAGCCAGGAGUCCUUUAAUUUGCUGCAUCGAAAUCUCUCACUGUAUCGCAGCUACCCACGGUCCUAUCAGCGGCAGCGGCUGUGGCGCUUCCCCUUCCCCACGGUGCGGGAGCUAAGGGAAGCGAGCAGCAUGGUGGCAAUGGCCACAUCAGCAUACCCUCCUCCUCCUCCAUUUUACCGACUUUACAAGGACUACGAGCAGGAUCCCUCAUCCGCACCAGAACCUCCACCUCCACCGCCAAUUGAUCAAAUAUAUACAACCUUUGGCACUGAUCGCAAAACAAAUGAGUUGCUGCCAAGCUUGGAAAGUCAUAAUCUCCGUCAGCUUUAUCCAAACAGCCCCAAUAUUGACUUCAAAAAGGAGCUAAGGACCCUCAACAGAGAGCUUCAGCUGCAUAUUUUGGAGCUGGCAGAUAUUUUAGUGGAGAGACCAUCUCAGUAUGCUCGCAGGGUAGAAGAUAUUUCACUUAUAUUCAGUAACUUACACCAUCUUCUCAAUUCCCUACGACCUCAUCAGGCAAGAGCCACAUUGAUUCACAUGCUUGAGAGCCAAAUUCAGCGCCGCAAGCAAGCAAUCGAAGAUAUAAAACAGAGGAGAGAGGAAGCGCAAAAACUUCUUGGGGAGUCACUGCUAAUCUUAGAUGGAAGCCAAACUAAUUAAACUUUUAAGCUGGUGCCAAUUGGACUGUUUGAAGACAGAUUAGUGCUUUAUGGGUUAGAGAUUGUAUGUAGGAGUUUGCGUGCAGAGACUACCCAGAGACGGGUGUUGAGAUAUUUCUGGCUUCUUUCGGUAUUUUGUUAUGGUCUCGUGGUAUGUACAUAUUUUGGUGGUCGAUGCAAACAUACUCCAGUUAACGGACUGUUGGAUGUUGCUGUUGAAUUAGUUUGUUGUAGUCUUAACGGACUGUUCCUUUUUUUGAGAGAGAGAACAAGCGGACUGUUCGAUUGAUGGCCAGUUUGGUAGUUGGACAAAAUUAUAUUGUGGACUAUUUUCGUAA